AUGUCUGCUGAGGUGACAACAGUGCUCGCUGAGGAAGCCAGUUCUCAGGUCUUGUCUUUCAGUCUCCAGCAAAAGGCAAAGAGACAAUCAGAGGAUGCUCAGAAGAACCAUGAGCUGUCUCAGAAGAAGCUGCUCUCUCAUGAGGCACGGCGCAUCUCAAUCAUAUUGGAAAAAUGCAUCAGUAAAGCUGAGAUUGCAGCAACUCUACCUGCUCUACUCCAGUUAGAUGGUGUGUCUAGUAUUUUGGACAAGGAGUUGAGUAGAGCACUUGAAGCGCAUAAAAUAUUACAUGAAAGACUGGAAACACUAGAAGGUCUCAAGCAGGAAUCGGAUGGGGAACAAGAGGGAGAAAUUAGAGAAACAAAAAGGAGAGCAAGGGCUCAGCUUGAGAGGGACGUGAAGAACUCCGUCAGGGAUCUGUUCAGGCUUGUCCGAGCCCAUCCAGAUGCCUUUUUUGGUUUGAGGACAGAGCUAGGUAUGAAAGUAGGGGAGAGUGAGUACACACUAAUUAGAGGGCUUAAGAGGUUUCAUGGGCAUAUAAUAGAAAAGUUGCUGACCAGCAUAGAUGAGGAGCUACAGCUGGUCCUCGCCAAGCAGGUGUCUUCAUCCCAAGCCCACGACAUGGAGCAAAUAGUCUCAGCAGAACAAAUGGUGGCUGAAGCCAUCAAGCGAACAGAUGCAGAGAUUUCUGAACGAAACGAGGAGAUCAAAAAGUUGGACACUUCUCUGCAAGAGAGCACUGCACAAGAAGCAGUUUUGUCAGCUCUUGUAGACAAAGAGUGCCAGUCGCAUCUCAAGACAUCAAAAAUGAAGCAGGCCAGCAUACAACAGGAAAUCGAUCAGCUGAACAUUCAGUUCAACAAUGUGCUCCUUGAAAACAGAGCAACAGAGAGAGCAAUCCAAGAGAAAAAUGAGAAGUUGGAGACGGAAAUUGAAUACUUGCUCCAAACUUUUGAUGAUGAAAUAGAAGAGAAACAGGCUGAUCUGGAGAUAAGUGAAGUGGAUUUUGAAAGGGACGAAGGGGAGCUGAAGAAGCUGGAGAAACUCUAUGCUGUCAUAGAGGUGAAGUGCAACCAGAUCCAGGAGAAGCGUCGGCUGGCAGAAGAGAGGAGAAAGGAGGAAAUGAAGGAGCUGGAGCUGAAGACCAGGGCUGCUAUUCUUGCCCAAGCCUGGUGGAGAGGCUACAGUACUCGCAAGGCCUUGAAGGGCAAGACUAAAGGCAAGAAGGGCAAAAAGGGCAAAGGCAAGAAGACUAAAUAAACUACUGACUAGUUUCUUCAUUGCUAAAGUGACACACACUCUACAAGGAGAGCAUGAAUAUUUUUGGAUGUUUUAUG